GUGCGAGCGCACUGCAUGCCGGUCCCGAGGCGGCUUCCUCCCCCCCUUCGCUCGCUCAGCGGCUAGUCUGCUGAUUCCGCCGCCAUGUUGCUUUGGGCCCCGGCUCUUGGUGGCCGCCCCUAGUCUUCUGCCGCCCCCUCACGGCGGCCCUGGCGGAGGCGGAAGGAGAGAAUUAUUUGCUGGGCCGGGGAUACCAAGGCGCCUUCGCCGCUCUUGCUGCCCGGGCCAUGUCUGGCAAGGAGGGGACGCGGGCUGUUUUAGCAACGCCUCACGGUACCUGCGAACGGGCCGUCAAGGCUGUCCCUUUUCCACCAACGCAUCGAUUAACAUCAGAAGAAGUGUUUGAUACAGCUGGAAAACCAAGGGCUGAUAUUUUGAAAAACCACCUAAUAAAAGAAGGCCGGGUAGAUGAAGAAAUUGCACUAAGAAUCAUCAAUGAUGGUGCUGAAAUUUUAAGAAGAGAGAAAACCAUGAUAGAAGUUGAAGCUCCUAUUACAGUGUGUGGUGACAUUCAUGGCCAGUUCUUUGACCUAAUGAAGCUAUUUGAAGUGGGAGGAUCACCUGCUAACACAAGAUACCUGUUUCUUGGUGACUAUGUAGACAGAGGAUAUUUUAGCAUAGAGUGUGUGCUAUAUUUAUGGGUCCUGAAGAUUCUGUACCCAAACACAUUAUUUCUUUUGAGAGGCAACCAUGAAUGCAGGCACCUCACAGAAUAUUUUACUUUUAAGCAGGAAUGUAAAAUAAAAUAUUCUGAAAGGGUCUAUAAUGCUUGCAUGGAAGCUUUUGAUUGCCUCCCUCUUGCUGCUCUUCUGAACCAGCAGUUUCUUUGUGUCCAUGGUGGACUGUCUCCAGAAAUAAAUACAAUAGAUGACAUUAGGAGGCUAGAUAGAUUCAAAGAGCCCCCAGCAUUUGGACCAAUGUGUGACUUGUUGUGGUCAGAUCCCUCUGAAGACUUUGGAAAUGAAAAAUCACAGGAGCACUUCAGUCACAAUACAGUCAGAGGAUGUUCUUAUUUUUAUAGCUAUCCUGCAGUUUGCGAAUUUUUGCAGAAUAAUAAUUUGUUGUCUGUUAUCAGAGCUCAUGAAGCACAAGAUGCAGGCUAUAGAAUGUACAGAAAAAGUCAAACGACAGGGUUUCCAUCACUAAUAACAAUUUUUUCUGCACCUAAUUACUUGGAUGUCUACAAUAAUAAAGCUGCUGUACUGAAAUAUGAAAACAAUGUUAUGAAUAUUCGACAGUUCAACUGUUCACCACAUCCUUACUGGCUGCCAAAUUUUAUGGAUGUCUUCACUUGGUCAUUGCCAUUUGUUGGAGAGAAAGUGACAGAAAUGCUGGUGAAUGUUCUGAGUAUUUGCUCUGAUGAUGAACUGAUGACAGAGGGUGAAGAUCAAUUUGACGUAGGUACAGCUGCAGCACGAAAAGAAAUAAUCAGAAACAAAAUCCGUGCAAUUGGCAAGAUGGCAAGAGUCUUCUCUGUUCUCAGGGAAGAGAGUGAAAGUGUACUGACCCUCAAGGGUUUGACUCCUACUGGAAUGUUACCUAGUGGAGUGUUGGCUGGAGGACGCCAGACCUUGCAAAGUGCCACAGUAGAGGCAAUUGAGGCUGAAAAAGCAAUACGAGGAUUCUCUCCACAACAUAAAAUCUGCAGUUUUGAAGAGGCAAAAGGUCUGGAUAGGAUCAAUGAGCGAAUGCCACCAAGGAAAGAUGCUCUUCUGCAGAGUGGCAUUAAUUCUGUGAGUGCAACAAAUGCCAAUGGAAACAAUGGGGCUGGCAAUAAUGCACAAUGACCACCACAUCUGCUUAUUUACCUUUACCUGAGAAUUCCUAGAAGACUGCUUCUUGAUAUGACAAUAGCCAAAACUUCCCAAGGAGAUCCAGACCCUUUACACAAAGCAAAAUCAUAACUUGUUCUUACAAAAGAGAAGUCAUGUUGCUUUGGAGAUGACAAGCACUCUCUUAAAAGUGAUCACUUGGAAAUUAAUUGCACAUUGUCAGAACUCAACUGUGGAGAGAAAUCUGGGGACAAGAUUCUGCUGUUAUCACUACAGACUAGCAUGUAACUUUUUUAUCAUUGUCAACUCUUUUUAUGUUUACAGAACAGGAUUGUCUUUCAAAAUAGAGCUUAGGAGGUGGGUUUGGGGGGGUUGUUUUUAAAUUGAACAUUCUGAUGCAUCCCUAUUUAUUUAAUGGUCUUAUGAACUGUCUUUAAAUGAAUAGUUUUACAAUGGUCUUAAAAUAGAAAUCUAAGGCUGCAGACAAAUCUGUUGUUUAAAUAAAAGAGGAAAAAAUGCCCCAAAUCUUAGUAAUUAUAUACAUUGGUGAUCUUGGGUGUACGCCUGUUGUUAAUUCUGUAUAAUGUUCAACAUACUGUUUUUACUUAAAACUUAGCAGAAGAUUUCUACAUAAAAAUCUUUAUUACUUGAACAAAGCUUUUGAAAAAUAUUUUAUUUAAAAAAAAUUUUUUUGCCCAACUUCUUGAGACUUUCCCCACACUUGAAUGUUUAAAAGAACUCUAACGGUAAAAACAAUUAAGGUAUUUCUAAUUGAACGUUGUACAUUACAUUUAAAGUAAUUUGAUUCAUAUCAAAUCUGUAAAGCUUGGCUUUGUAUUUUGUUGUAUGCAUGUUUUAAUUUUGCAAAUUUUUAAUAUUUAAUAUAAAGACCUGUGAUAUACAGGAGAAAUAUAAUAUAGGUUAUGCAGCACAGCUAUUAUGGAUAUUUUUAGUUUAUUGUAUUAUGGUUGCUUAAAUGGCUAAUAAUUGUUGGGCUGAAUGGCUGCAGAUAUGUUCUUUUAAUUCUUUUUUUUAAUGAAUUUUUGGCCAUACCAUACAUAAUUAUGCUGGACAUUAAGAUGUUAGUGAAAAUACAAAAUCAAGAUGUAUGUUAUGUUUUUGAUAGCUCCUGGACUGUUUGGUUAAAAUAAAAUCAAAGCCAUGUGCUGAUCUAACAAAUUAUGAACUGUAGUCAACUGCCACGUUACUUUCAUUUCCUUGAAGUUAUGCUACUUUUUUAUCCUGUGGGAAACAAUUCAAAUCUUAUGUCAAUGGAUUUCAUCUCCAAUUUGUUUGCCGCAAAGUACAACUUGUGCAUGACCCUAAAUCGGCUAUUUGAUGCAUGAUUUAAACCCGUUUAAAUGUUCUAUAAAAAGAAGUGCACAAUGAAAUUUGUGCAUGGGUGACUGGAUUGUGUUUUUUUUGUUUGAAUAAUGAGGAAUCCUGGCCCCGUUGCUGUUUCGGUUGACCCCACAGAUUGAAAGGAGACUCCCAAUGCAUUUUAGAACCCUGGAAAUUCAGGAUUCUAAAGUGCCUGGGAAGCCUCCAUGAGUGCAAAAGUCUCCCCAUUUCAAAACUUUACCCUCUAACAUGAGGAGGGUGACAUGGAUAUACAAUAGGACUCUGCUUAAUGGGAAUGAUAAUAUAUAGGAAUUAGGUCUCAGUCAUACUUUGAAAAGGUUAGCUAAAUAUUGCUAAGGAACAUUUCAUUUGAAGGGCAGUGAUGGUUUGCAAAAGCUUGCAUGUAAGAACAAUGUAGAAGUAUCACUUGUAUUUAGUAAUGACGUGCAUAUAAGUUUUGUUGUUGUUUAUUGAUUUUUUUAAAUAAAGAACAAACAGCCCUAUCCAUGCCCAGCAUUCCUAGCAUCAUGAACAUUUAGUUCAAAAGACCAACACACGGACACCAUAAAUAGGAAACAAAAGGGGUGUGUGGGAAGGGAGAAAAAGAAAGGGAGGUGUGUGACGGUCAUCUUCCCAAUCUACCCCACGGGUUUGGUGUAAGGAGUGGAAGAGCCAUGUAUACCACUUUGAGCCCCUUGGAGGAAAGGUGGGAUAUAAACGUAAGCUGCAGGUACAAUAUACAAAUGCAGCAAAGAAUUACACUAGCUUUCAAAAAGUUUCCA